UGUCUCUUUCUGUCCGCAUUUCGCUGUUGAACUGAUCUUCGUUCUCAAAACUGCCAUAUUUGUGACCAGAGGACUGCAAAUUUUGAAGUAUGGGGUUUUUCUGGACUCUGUUGACCCAUCUCCAUGCUCUUGCUGGACCUUCUGUGAUGCUCUUAUACCCAUUGUAUGCUUCAGUUAGAGCAAUUGAAAGCCCAUCAAAACUGGAUGAUGAGCAAUGGCUGGCUUAUUGGAUUCUCUAUUCCUUUCUCACUCUAAUGGAGAUGGUGGCUGCUCCAGUGUUGUCCUGGAUACCAAUAUGGUACCAGUUGAAGGUGGCAUUUGUAGCUUGGUUGGUGCUGCCCCAAUUCAGAGGUGCUUCCUUCAUAUACGAGAGGUUCGUCAGGGAGCAGUUGAGGAAAUACGAUAAGGCCAUGGGCAAAGGCCACCGCAUCUCCCCCGGCAAGAAGAACAAGUUCGUCGAUUUUGUCUCUCCUAAAGCGGGAGAGCACGAGGCCUACUGAGGAGGGAUUGUUUCUUUCUCAUGCUUUAUUUUGGUUUAGAAAUGUAACAUAUUUGCAUAUCAAUGUUAAUGUUGUAAGCUUUUUCCUACA